AUGGCCAGCAGCUUUCUUUUUCUUAUUCACUUCUUGCUCUUUGUGUUCCUUCCUCUAACCCUUGAAGCAGCCCAAGAAGAUAAGCGCAGGGUAUUCAGGUGUAGUCGCCAUGGCCCAUCAAUCCGAUUCCCAUUCUGGGUUAAAGCUUUCCACUCAGAUUGCUACCGCUAUCCUGGGUUCGAGCUGUCCUGUGACAAGAACAAACAAACAAUCCUUGAUCUUCCCUUUUCUGUGAAGCUAUUUGUCAAGAAAAUUGAUUAUAAAUCUCAAGUUAUUCGAUUGUAUGACCCAGAUGGCUGCGUUCCGGCAAAGCUUCCAAACCUCAACUUGUCUGCCUCUCCUUUCCAGUUCAAUGAAAUAUACUUAGGUAAUUACUCGUUAUUCAAUUGUUCUGCGCCAGGCAGACAAAUUUAUCUCUCGAUUCCUUGCCUUCGAGCUUCCGCCUACCAAGUGUAUGCCAUAGAUUCUAGCUCGAACAUUCAUUAUUAUCCUUUGACAUCAUGCAUCAACAUUCAUAACUUAGAAGAAUCGGUGCCCUAUAAUAUAUUUCAUCAAAGAGGUAAGCUUCAGUUGAGAUGGUCGGAACCAAAUUGCAGAUUCUGUGAAGCUGAAGGCAAUAUUUGUAGAUUGAAGGAUAAUACCACAGAAAAUGAAACUGAAUGUGUUGCCAAAUCCAAAACACGCAAAGGUCACGAAUUUAAGAAACGAUUGCGGACAGGUGAUGUUGUCUUUUGUUUUUGGGGGUGAAUGACACUUUGUUUUCUAAGUAAUUUUACAACUUUCACUUUAUCUUGAAAAGGAUUAUAAA